AUGUCUUCGUCAGCAUUGAUUAGUAGAAUCAAUCAAUUGGCAUCCGGUCAAGAUUUGAUACAAGUAGAGCAAAAACUCUUCGAUCAAGACUCAAUAGCUAACUGGGACGCCCAUGUUAAGAAGUUAUGUGAUGAGUUCAAAGAAUUUACAAACAAUUCAGAAAGAGCACAGUGGUUAAAAUCAUUAUUUAUAGAAUUGUUUCAACUUUCUUCUAUCAAAGUUGAACGGAUCGCUGAUUUAAUUGAAAAACUUUCUCAGGUCCAGUCCACCGACUCAUCUGCUAUAGUAGGUAAAAUGUUCAUUGCUACUACUCAUGUACUACCGAAGAUUUUAUCUGAUGAAAAGGAUCUUAUCGACCUGAUCAAAUUGACUCCUUCCAUCCAUGAUGAAAUCUUCAAAUUUAGUUGGCUGUCAAGUAAAUUGACCACUCGUGGACAGACUCAAUUGUUGAAACAUCUUCUAAAGAAAUCUAAAUACGAAUUGAAGAAAUAUAACCUUUUAACUGAAAAUUCUGUUGGAUUUUCUCAAUUGACCACUUUUUUCACACUAAUCUUCAAUGAUAACGACAAAUUUGCAAAGAUUCCUUAUUACAUCAAUGAAAUGUACUACAUCAUUGGUAAGUACUCAUUAGAUACUAUGAGAUGUUUAGAUCUUUUCUUACUGAUAUCUAGUGAAUUUAUAACGGACAACUAUAAAUUUGUAGUGGAAUUUUUACAACAUUCUGAUUUCAUCAAGAUAAAUGAUAAAAAUAUUACUUUAGCAAAUGUUGUCUCAUUUACUUUAAAUGGCAAUAGCCCGCCUGAUCACUACUAUGACCUCUGUGCUAUUCUAGUCAAAUAUGAGAUACUCGAUCCAGAUAUCAUUUGGGAUAAUAUUGCUCCCACUACUGAAUCAUUAAAUGAAUUCAUUAACAAUAUUAAGACAAAUUUAGAAAAGGAAUCUAUGAAGGGCGUUGAAAACCCACUAGCAAUGGCUGCUGCAUUGACAGAUUCAGGUGAUGAUGAAAAUAUAGAUGAUAAAGAUACUGCUGCUAAGAGAGAAGAUGAUUUGGACGCUGAAAAUUCAAAGAAUGAAACAUCGAAGGGAAAGCAGGAGAUGGAAACGAAAGAAAAUGAAAAAACUGUAGCUGAUAAUAUGAAAAAUAAUGGUAAGAUAGAAUUCUUGAAGAGUUUAUUAAUUCAUGGAUGCUUAGCCGCUUCUUCAAACAUCAUAAAAAGAAAUCCAGAAGUUCUAUACAUUGAUCCAUCAAUUGGAAAACAUGUUACUCGAAUUUUCAAAUACGUAAUCGAAACAUUAUAUGAAAAAACAGGUUACACCAAAUUGUCGAACCUUGGGUGUUCUUUGCUAGUGUCAUCAUCUGAGACUUCGUUAAUGAGUCAAAAACCAAGAUUACUACAAGAAACAAAAUCUCAUGACCCUUACUGUUCAUUGGAACUCAAUAAUAAAUUUGUAUUUUAUUUCCCAGAAUGGUCGGAUAAUAUUGAGCAGGUUACCACCGUAGAAGAUCUCUUCACAAUCAGUCAUGAAUUCUACGCUUUAUGUGGCCCAUAUUUGGCUCAAAAUUCAACAUUGCUAAGUAAACUAUGUCGUAUUGGUAUUUCCGAUAUUCAAAAUAGCACUGAGGAUAAUUCUCAAACCAUCGAUAAAUGGACCGAUUAUCUAAGAAAAUUCCUCUUCCCAACGAUACCAAUGGAGUACACUAACCCAAUAGUAGCUGAUGAAAUUUACUCUUUAAUGAGCUGUUUUUCAUUUGAAAAACGAUACUUCAUUUAUAACGAAAUGCUUACAAAAACAUCACAGGAUUCUUUGAUCUUGAAGGCUAAUUUUAACAAAUCUGAAAGAGAAGCUAGAAGUAUCUUAAAGUCCUUGAGUACAGAUACCAUCGAUAAAGAAUCAAGAAAAUUAUCUGACAUUGUGUCAUUAAAUCCGCUAGCAACUUUGGUUCCUGUACUUAAACAGAUUGAAAACUACGAUAAAGUAUCCGAACUUGUAAUCUAUACGGCAAAGUUUUUUAAUAAUUUUGCUUAUGAUGUUUUACAAUACGUAUUACUAUUGCGCUUAACUCAACCACGGUCCGCUAUCCAAGAAGAUGGUGUCAACCAAGCUCAAUGGGUUCAAAGGUUGUCAACUUUCAUAUCUGGAUUAGCAAAAAACUGUCCUAAUGUCGACUUGUCUAAUAUUAUCAUUUAUAUUAUCAAGACAUUACAUCAAGGAAAUAUUAUAGCUGUCUCAAUUUUAAAGGAAUUGAUCACUACUGUUGCUGGCAUCAGGGAUGUAAAUAAUGUUAACGUAAGACAACUGCUGAUGCUAAAUUCUGGAGAGCCACUGAAACAGGCUGCAAGGAAGCUUAUCUUUGAUUCAAGAGAUGCAAAUUCUGAACUAGGAUCAAACUUAGUGAAAUUAUUUUCUAGAGAAAGUGCCAUAAGUGAGAUUAUGGUACUAUUGUACAAUCUGAAUUUAAAAGCCAAUACACAGGAGGCACAUUAUAAAAUUUUAUCGGCCAGAUGCGAUGAAAUGAAUACUCUGCUAUAUUCUUUCAUUGAAUUGGUGAAAUUUAUUUUUGGUAGCAGUGAUGACUUUAUAGAUAAUGUAUUAUCCUUUGAUAUUUUGAUCCGACAGUUUGGUUUCUCAACUCCAUGGGUCUUUCAUAUUUGGAGAGACUACAUGGAUCAAAAAAACAGAGAGCGUGAAGAAAGUGAAAAGGAUACGGAUGCAACUUAUAUUGACUCCUUUGAAGAAACUUUGAAUGAGACAGAUUUUGAAGGGGUCCAUUUUGAAAGAAUAUCAAGGGAUUUAUUCACAGUAUUUUGGAAAUUAUCGUUAUAUGAUAUACACUUUGACAGGUCUCUUUAUGAUGAGAGAAAAGCUACAUUAGAGGGAGAAAUAGCCGGGGACAUUUCAAAAAGAAAGAAACAGUCCUUAUUGAAUCAAAUAAAAGAAGUUAUGACGACAUGCAUUUCCCAUCAACGUACAUUUAAUAAAGUUCGUACUAUGCUCGAUGGAAAAUCAAAAGUUUGGUCAGAGUCCGUCUCAGACUCAGGGAUGACAUCUCUUAUCCAAUAUUGUAUUGUUCCAAGGGUUUUGUUUUCUCCUUCUGAUGCGCUUUACUCAUCUUAUUUUCUUUCACAGGCUUUCACAAUUGAGCAAUCUAUGAAAGUGUACGACAUUCUAGUGAACUCGAAUAUUUUAAGUACACUCCUUUUUUCAUGUACAAUUUCUGAGGCAGGAAAUUUGGGUAUCUUUUUUACCAGAUUUUUGGAUUCAUUUGAAAAAAUGAGAGUCAACGGUGAAUUGUCCAAUAGUGAUAAACGUGAGCUAUACAAUUGGCACACAAGUCUGGUCAAUCAACUGAUAGACCUAUUAGGUGAAAAGAAUUACAUGUCGAUUAGAAAUGGUAUUGAAUUUAUGAGGUAUGUUUCCGACGUUUUCCCUAUUGUUGAUUCCCAGAUCAAAUUACUUUACAAGUUAUUAGAACAAAACUUGGUUAAUGAACAAAGAGAAGACAUCAAACUUCCAACCAAUGCAUUAAUUGGUCAUUUGAAAGCUCGUUUGAGGAAAGAAUCUCUACAAUUAGAUGAGCUUUGUGAUUUGAACGAAGAAGAAUCAGAAGAGAAAGCCAAACGCGAUUUAGAAUUAGAGGAGAUUAGAAUAUAUGAGACAAUGAUAAGUAAUGAGGCAAAACAACAGGAGAUUAGAAAGAAACUAGAAAUAAAUAAGUUGAGAAGAGAAAAUGAACCUGAGGUGAAAGAAGUUCCCAAGGAAAGGAGGAAACCUCGCUGGUCUUUACCAAAAGUUUUUAAUAAUUUUGAAGAAGUGAUUUAUAGUUUACAGACAAAUAACCUGAACCGUGCUUCAACUUAUCUUGAAGAUCCUGAUAUGAUUUCAGAGUUCAAAGAACUUAGAAGGAAAGACAGCCCCAUGCGCGAGUAUCGUGCAUCGAUAUUCGGCUUGUUGAGCAAGUAUUUCAGCUCAUUAGUUAAUAAUCCAAGACACCCAGAUUUCAAGCGGAAGUUAAACGAAUUAGAGUAUGCUAUGGGUUCAAUUACAAGACAAUCUAACGUAUCUGCAGGUGAAAUGUAUACUGAACAAAAUAUCGAACCUUCAAGAAAGACAAGUAGAUACAAUAGUGAUAGAUCAUUAGAAAGAGGCGGUAGUAGGACAACUAGACAAAUAACGCCCCAGGAAGACAGAAUGUCAGGAAAUGCACCAAAGGCGCCACUGAGAAUGAAGUCCCCAACAGCACCUCGUGCUAUGAAGUUCCCUGAAAAACCGUCUUCCAAACCCCAAAACCAUCAAAAUAGAACGUCUUCUCAACCAAGAGGACCAGCGCAGAGGUCAGAAGACAGAGCGCCUAAAAGAUUCAAGUCUGAUACAGGCGAUCAAGGAAGACAAUUCCAGCAACAACAUCAACAAAGACCAUCUUAUCAAGGCGACAGUAAUCGUAACGACCGCUCCAGAUUUGGCAACAGCAGCAGCACCAGCGGUAGUAGCACCCGAAAGCCCGCCAAUGCCGAUAAGCAAAGAUUGCCGCAAGGCCCAAAAGGCUCGAGCAGCUAUGGAAGUAGAUAUCAACCGUACUGA